AAUGAGAAGAAAUCCUCUUCACACGCUGUAUAGCUGCACUAAAAGUAGCCAGCAGGGAAGCUGACCUAUAAAUACUAUGAGCACAUUAAGGGCUUCCGUAUUGUCUCAGGCUCCACUGGAAAUGCAGCAAGGAUUCCUAGCACAUCCCAGUUGCCAUAGCAACAGCAGUCUUUCCCAUAAUGAGCUGCAUCAUCUGAACUGAUGUCACAGCAUCAUGCAGCAGGUCAAACAAGGCAUCUCCUAGUAUUGCAUCCUACAGAUGUGCUGUAAACAUCAAAAGGAGAUGGUGGGAGAAGGAGAUGCUGUUUUGGAAAGAAGUAAGGUUUAGAAUUCUCCAUGUUAACCAUGAGCGUGACACUUUCCCCGCUGAGGUCACAGGACCUGGAUCCCAUGGCUACUGAUGCCUCACCCAUGGCCAUCAACUUGACGCCCACUGUGGAGCAGGGUGAGGGAGGAGAGGCAAUGAAGGACAUGGAUUCCGACCAGCAGUAUGAAAAGCCACCCCCACUGCAUACAGGGGCUGACUGGAAGAUUGUUCUCCACUUACCUGAGAUCGAGACCUGGCUCCGGAUGACCUCAGAGAGGGUCCGGGACCUCACCUAUUCAGUCCAGCAGGAUUCAGACAGCAAGCAUGUGGAUGUGCAUCUAGUUCAACUAAAGGACAUUUGUGAAGAUAUUUCAGAUCACGUGGAGCAAAUCCAUGCGCUCCUGGAAACAGAGUUUUCCCUGAAGCUGCUGUCCUACUCUGUCAACGUGAUUGUGGACAUCCACGCUGUGCAGCUCCUCUGGCACCAGCUCCGAGUCUCUGUACUGGUUCUGCGGGAGCGGAUUUUGCAGGGUCUGCAGGACGCCAAUGGCAACUACACCAGGCAGACGGACAUUCUGCAGGCUUUCUCCGAAGAGACAAAUGAGGGCCGGCUUGAUUCUCUAACAGAAGUGGAUGACUCAGGACAGUUAACUAUCAAAUGCUCUCAAAAUUACUUAUCUCUGGAUUGUGGUAUUACUGCUUUCGAACUGUCUGACUACAGUCCAAGUGAGGAUUUGCUCGGUGGCCUAGGGGACAUGACCUCUAGCCAGGUCAAAACCAAACCCUUUGACUCUUGGAGCUACAGUGAGAUGGAAAAGGAGUUCCCCGAGCUCAUCCGAAGCGUUGGGUUACUCUCGGUGGCCACUGACCCCAACCCAUACAGCUGUGGCAAAGCGGUUGGUGAGGAGGCAUCUCAAGUGUCUCUUUCAGCAGAUGACAAAGGUGGACGUGAGGAGGACAGUGCUUUAACAGUCGAGGAGCCACCAGGCUUAGUGCCCGGAACAUCAUCUUCCGGGGAAGCUCUGACAAAUGCCGAUCAGCCCCCUCCUGAGGCCGUGAUGCCAGAAGCCAGUUCCUCCUCCCAGCCUGAGAUAAGGAACCAACAGCCUCAAACUUGUGAAAAUGCAACUCCCAAGCGAUCCAUCCGAGAUUGCUUUAAUUACAAUGAGGACUCUCCCACGCAGCCCACAUUGCCAAAAAGAGGGCUUUUCCUUAAAGAGGAAAAUUUUAAGAAUAAUCUGAAAGGCACUGAUGGAAAGAAGCAGCUGGCUGAUCUCAAACCCGAGAUGAGCAGAAGCACCCCCUCUCUGGUGGACCCUCCUGACAGAUCCAAGCUUUGUCUGGUGUUACAGUCUUCCUACCCCAGCAGCCCUUCUGCUGCCAGCCAGUCCUAUGAGUGUUUGCACAAGGUGGGGGAGGGGAAUCUUGAAAACACCGUCAAAAGUCACAUCAAGGAAAUAUCCUCCAGCCUGGGAAGGCUUAGUGACUGCCACAAAGAGAAACUUCGACUUAAAAAGCCACACAAGGCCCCAGUAGAGGUGCCCCCAUGCCGAACUCCGAAGCGGGGGGCGGGCUCAGGCAACCAAGCUGAGAGCACGAAGAGCUCAGCCAUGCCGAAUGGAAUUCUUUCAGGUACCCCCAAGGCUGUAGAGGGGCCAGAAACAGAUUCCGUUUCGACGUCCUCCCUCGAGCCAUGCUGUCAGACGAGUUGGAAUGCCAAACUGCCAGUGCAGUCAGAAACAUCCAGCUCUCCGCCUUUUACUCAAAGUAGCGAAUCCUCUGUUGGCUCAGACAACGUCGCGUCUCCAAUACCCCUUCUUUCAAAAACCAAAAGCAAAAAAAGUUACUCCUCCUCCCCAAGUCACGUCACCAGGAAUGGCCAGGUGGUGGAGGCCUGGUAUGGUUCUGAUGAGUACCUAGCACUGCCCUCUCACCUGAAGCAGACUGAAGUCCUAGCGUUGAAGUUGGAGAACCUUACAAAGCUUCUGCCUCAGAAACCCAGAGGAGAAACCAUCCAAAAUAUUGACGACUGGGAACUGUCUGAAAUGAACUCGGAUUCUGAGAUCUAUCCAACGUACCAUGUCAAGAAGAAGCACACGAGGCUAGGCAGAGUGUCUCCAAGCUCGUCCAGUGACAUAGCCUCUUCCCUGGGGGAAAGCAUGGAGUCUGGGCCCCUGAGCGACAUUCUUUCUGACGAGGAGUUGUGCAUGCCUCUCUCUGCUAUGAAAAAAUACAUCGACGAGAAGUCAGAGAGAGCUGCAUCCUCUGAGAAAAAAGAGAGCCAUUCUGCCACAAAGUCUGCUUUAAUUCAGAAACUGAUGCAAGAUAUUCAACACCAAGACAACUAUGAAGCCAUAUGGGAAAAAAUAGAGGGGUUUGUAAACAAGCUGGAUGAAUUCAUUCAGUGGUUAAAUGAAGCCAUGGAAACCACUGAGAAUUGGACACCCCCUAAAGCAGAGACGGAUGGCCUUAAGCUGUACCUGGAGACACAUUUGAGUUUUAAGUUGAAUGUAGACAGUCACUGUGCUCUCAAGGAAGCUGUGGAGGAGGAAGGAUACCAACUUCUCGAGCUUAUUGCAUCUCACAAAGCAGAAGGGCUGAAGGACAUGCUGCGGAUGAUUGCAAGCCAGUGGAAGGAGCUGCAGAGGCAAAUCAAACGACAACACAGCUGGAUUCUCAGGGCUCUGGAUACCAUCAAAGCUGAGAUUCUGGCUACUGAUGUGUCUGUGGAGGGCGAGGAAGGGACUGGAAGCCCCAAGACUGAGGUUCAGCUGUGCUACCUGGAAGCACAAAGAGAUGCUGUUGAGCAGAUGUCCCUCAAGCUCUACAGUGAGCAGUACACCAGCAGCAGCAAGAGGAAAGAAGAGUUUGCCGAUAUGUCAAAAGUUCAUUCAGUGGGAGGCAAUGGGCUUCUGGACUUUGAUUCGGAAUAUCAGGAGCUCUGGGAUUGGCUGAUUGACAUGGAGUCCCUCGUGAUGGACAGCCACGACCUGAUGAUGUCAGAGGAGCAGCAGCAGCAUCUUUACAAGCGAUACAGUGUUGAAAUGACCAUCAGGGACCUGAAAAAGACGGAGCUGCUUAGUAAGGUUGAAGCUCUGAAGAAAGGUGGCGUUUUACUACCAAAUGAUCUCCUUGAAAAAGUGGAUUCAAUUAAUGAAAAAUGGGAACUGCUUGGGAAAACCCUCAGACAGAAGAUCCAGGACACAAUGGCAGGACACAGUGGGUCUGGUCCACGUGACCUGCUCUCUCCCGAAAGCGGAAACCUGGUAAGGCAGCUGGAGGUCAGGAUCAAAGAACUGAAAGGGUGGCUAAGAGAUACAGAGCUUUUCAUCUUCAAUUCCUGCCUGAGACAAGAAAAGGAAGGAACAAUGAAUGCUGAGAAACAACUGCAAUACUUUAAGUCCCUCUGUGGUGAAAUCAAGCAGCGACGUCGUGGAGUGGCCUCCAUCCUGCGAUUAUGCCAGCAUCUUCUGGAUGACCGGGAGACUUGCAAUCUGAACGCAGACCACCAGCCCAUGCAACUGAUCAUUGUAAAUCUUGAAAGAAGGUGGGAAGCCAUUGUCAUGCAAGCUGUCCAGUGGCAGACCAGGCUACAAAAGAAGAUGGGAAAGGAGUCUGAGACUUUGAAUGUGAUUGAUCCUGGCUUGAUGGAUCUAAAUGGGACGAGUGAGGAUGCCCUGGAAUGGGAUGAAACUGACAUAAGCAACAAGUUAAUUAGUUUGAAUGAAGACUCAAAUGAUCUUGAUCAGGAACCCCAACCUGUCAUGCCUUCCUUAAAGCUUGAAGAGAUAGGUAGUGAGGACCCUGGUUAUGAAGAAGAGGCAGGUGACCAUGGGGGAUCUCAGUAUGCCUCGAGUAUCACUGCCCCCUCCAGUCCACACAUUUACCAAGUGUACAGCCUCCACAAUGUGGAACUCUAUGAGGACAGCCACAUGCCAUUUCUGAAAAACAAUCCGAAGUUCACCAGUGUGACACAGCCUAGUGUUUUAACAAAGAGUCUCAGUAAAGACUCUUCAUUUUCAUCCACCAAAUCUUUGCCAGACCUUGUCGGAGGUUCCAAUUUGGUGAAGCCCUGCCCAUGCCAUGGAGGUGACAUGAGCCAGAAUUCAGGCAGUGAGAGUGGAAUCGUGAGUGAAGGGGACACUGAAACCACCACCAACUCAGAAAUGUGCUUGCUCAAUGUGGUGGAUGGGUCCCCAAGUAACCCUGAAACUGAACAUCUGGACCCACAAAUGAGAGAUGCAGUUAAUGUGUUAAAGCAGAAAUUCAAAGAUGAGGAGGAACGCAUUAAGCUUCCAAACAGCUCUCAGUCAUCCAUUUCACCAGUGAGUUGUGUAAAUGGAAAAGUUGGAGAUUUAAACAGUGUUACCAAAUAUACCCCUGAUUGUUUGGGAGAAGAAUUACAAGGAAAACAUGAUGUGUUUACAUUUUAUGAUUACUCGUACCUCCAAGGCUCAAAACUCAAAUUACCAAUGAUAAUGAAACAGUCACAAAGUGAAAAAGCACAUGUGGAGGAUCCCCUGCUUCAUGGUUUUUAUUUUGAUAAAAAGUCCUGCAAAUCUAAACAUCAGGCUACAGAGUUACAGCCAGAUGCACCUCCCCAUGAAAGGCUUUUGGCAAGUGCAUCCCAUGAAAUGGAUCGAAGUUCAUAUAAAAGUGGUAAUGGAGAGAAGACAUUCACUGGCAUGCAGAAUGGCAGACAGCUCUCCCUGUUAUCCCACAGCUCAUCUAUUGAGUCCCUUUCUCCAGGGGGUGAUUUAUUUGGGUUGGGCAUCCUUAAAAAUGGCAGUGACAGCCUCCAGCGAAGCACCUCUUUAGAAAGUUGGUUGACAUCCUAUAAAAGCAAUGAGGAUCUUUUUAGCUGUCACAGCUCUGGGGACAUAAGCGUGAGCAGUGGCUCAGUUGGUGAACUGAGUAAAAGGACACUAGAUCUCCUGAAUCGUUUGGAGAAUAUCCAGAGCCCUUCAGAGCAAAAGAUAAAACGGAGUGUCUCUGAUAUGACUCUCCAAAGCAGUUCCCAAAAGAUGUCCUUUAGUGGCCAGCUGUCAUUGGACAUAGCAUCUUCUAUCAACGAAGACUCGCCAGCAUCUCUUACAGAACUAAGUAGCAGCGAUGAGCUCUCUCUUUGCUCAGAGGAUAUUGUAUUACACAAGAACAAGAUUCCAGAAUCAAAUGCAUCAUUCAGGAAGCGCCUGACUCGGUCGGUGGCUGAUGAAAGCGACGUCAAUGUCAGCAUGAUUGUUAAUGUCUCUUGUACCUCUGCUUGCACUGAUGAUGAAGAUGACAGUGACCUCCUUUCUAGCUCUACCCUCACCUUGACAGAAGAAGAGCUAUGCAUCAAAGAUGAGGAUGACGACUCCAGUAUUGCAACAGAUGAUGAAAUUUAUGAAGAAUGCAACUUAAUGUCAGGAUUGGACUAUAUAAAGAAUGAACUGCAGACUUGGAUCAGACCAAAGCUCUCCUUGACAAAAGAUAAGAGAAGGUGUAAUCUCAGUGAUGAAAUAAAGGGCAGUAAGGAUGUCAGUAGUAGUGAGAUGACCAAUCCCUCUGAUACCCUGAACAUCGAGGCUCUACUUAACAGCUCCAUCAAACGUCUCUCCGAAAGUAAUGGAAACGGCAAGAAUUUAUCCCAUACCCAUGAGUUAGGGACAAAGGGUGAAAAUAAGAAAAAUAUUUUCAAAGUCAAUAAAGACCCAUAUGUGGCUGACAUGGAAAAUGGCAAUAUUGAAAGCACGCCAGAAGGGCAGAAAGAUGAACAGAAUGGGAUCUCGAAGGAAUCGGAAAGUCUCGGUACAGCUGGGAAGAAGAAUUCAGACAGUGAGCAUUGUAAGUGUAAAGUAUUUAUGGAUAGCUCAGAUGAUGCAAAUAUUGCUGGAAAUGAAUUUGUUCCCCAGACUGUUAGACACCGUCCAAAGAAAUGUCAAAACCACCACCAUUUUGAAAAUCCAACAACUGCUUCUACUCCCACUGAGAAGUCUUGCCCAGAGCUGCCUUCAGAAGCUAGAGUUACCAGUAGGCAGGAUUCUGAUGUACUGAAAUCUUCAUCUAAUGAUGCACCAAGCGUGGCUGGAAAAUCUGCUCAUUGCUGCCGAGCACUUGAACAAAAUGAAACAGAGGAGAACGUUUCUGUCAGUGACAACAUUUCCUGUUGUGACUGCGAGCCAGAUGUUUCCCAUCAAAAAGAUGCUGAGGAUUGUUCCGUACACGACUUUGUUAAGGAAAUCAUCGACAUGGCUUCAACGGCCCUAAAAAGUAAAUCUCAACCUGAAAAUGAGGCAGCUGCUCCUGCCUCGUUAACUCAGAUCAAGGAGAAGGUGUUGGAACAUUCUCACCGGCCCAUCCAGCUGAGAAAAGGGGACUUUUAUUCCUACUUAUCUCUCUCCUCUCAUGACAGUGAUUGUGGGGAGGUCACCAGUUACGUGGAAGAGAAGAGUAACACUCCAGUGCCACUGGACAUGACCGACUCUGGCUUAGAGGACAAGGAGGAACCCGAAUGCUUCUUUGAGGCCUGUGUUGAUGAUGACCUGGAUGGAGAUGAGCCCUGCCUCCCCGGCCCUCCUCCAGACGAACCUGCUAUUUCUGGUGAGGCUUCUGUGCCCCAACAAACAGCAGCUGGCUCCCCUGAGUUUAGCGAUACAUCUCUCUUGGCUGAGGAGGCAGACAUGGUGGUUCUUUCAAGUCCUCCCCAUCAGGAAGUAUCUGAUGUCAGAAAGGAAGCGGAUGGUUUACCCCAAGCUACAAUCUGUGGGGAAAGCUCAGAGCUAACCACUUCAAUGCUGGGCAGUGAAAAGGAAAGUUUAGAAAACACAGGUGAAUCAGGAAUGCCAGAAGAACAUAAUGCUGCUUCAGCCAAAUCUGGAGUUCCAGAACUCUCCUCAAAGGCAAAGCAGCCAAAAGACAAGGCUGCAUUGCAUCCCAACUCCAAAACUUUAACCUGUGAAGAAAACCUCCUAAAUCUUCAUGAAGAACAACAUAAAAAUAUGCAUAGGUAGAAUGUAACCCUCUCCACGCAUGAAAAUCAUCUCAUUGAAAGACUCAAUUUACAAUUGGCCAGAAGUGAGGACAAAAGUAGGAGAGAGAGACAUGUAUUUUCUGUGAAACAUGUCCACCCCAUAAUCACAUUCUCCAUCAGUAUGCAGUAAAGCUGACCAUUAAGGGAGAGUCACUGCAAUUCUAAAAGAUGCUUCUAAACAAGUUCUAUUAGUACCGAUUGUUAACCGCUGGCUUGGCCGAGCCCUGCAGAAGGGCUGGUGGAGCCCGGCUGAUUUUUGUUUUCUGCAAGGGGAUAGAGGCUUCAAAGCAACAUCCCUCAGAGCAAGAUGUUGUGUGACCGGGACCCUGAAGUCACUGGUCAUGUGGAGACCCAGAGUUCCAGCAGCACUGGCCUUGGAGAAGCCCCUGGAUUGCAGCCUCCCUUUUAGAUACUUUGGGAGUUUUCAGUCUAUGACGUAGCUAGAGAGUGGAAGUGGGAAUAAUAAGCAGCUCCAUCUUUGGACUUGGGCAAGUGAACAUGCUGUGCUGUUGGGUGGGCGCGGCUCUCACAUUUCACAGGCACGACAAUGCAACGCUCUCAGCUGGCCUACCUGCCAGUCAGUGAUAUUUUGUGGAGCCCCCGAGAUGUGGUUCCUGGCUCUGUCUCAGACAAUGGGAGACGCAGCCAGAUUUUCCUUCUGCAGAACUCACAUGGCCCCAAGUGACUUGUGAUCAGCCAGGGGCCAUUUCCAUAGUCAUAUCCACUGGUCCUAUUCAGUUUUUUUCCGUAUCACACACCCCAAAUAUCUGGAUGCCUACAUUAUUCCCCCGUCAUUAGCACUGGGUACCUGGGCAUAGAUAUUUACAUUUUUUUUAAAUACUACCAACCAGGACAAGUUAUUUAAUCGCAAAAGGCUGACAUGCCUUUGGUGUUAAAUAUCAGGAAUCCUUAAUAAAGUUAUUUGGUAGGUAUGAGACUUCGUGUCUGUAAGAGCUUAACUCUUGUCAUUGUUCUUCCUACAAGAUUCAAAGGAGGGGGAAAAAAAAGCUCUACUUUUUAAAGCGAUUUCAAAACCAUCAGUUGGAGUGCUCUAUCAGGAUAAUAAAAUAUACCACAUUCAGUUUGCUGGGCCUUUUUUUUCCCCAGAAAUAAGUUCUCAGAUGAUGAAGUUAUGUCAUCUGGAAAGAACUACAACUUAGAACAGCAGCUACAGUCUACAUCUGUACCAAGAAUUUUUUUCAAAAAGGUUUUGAGGUUAUUCAUUUACUGUUCUAAUUAAAAACUCACUGACACUAUUGAAGUUUUAAACAUGGUUUCACACAGGAUGCAUCUACACUGAUUUCUAGGCACACUGCUGUGCUUUUCACUAUUUUCAUUUCUGUGCCAUGUUUCUACCAAAAUAGAGAGGUCAGUUACAGCAAAUCACAUCAAAGAAAAGGUAACUGGAUAGAUCCAGAAAUUUCUGCCUCAUUUGGAGGAAGCACAUAAUGUAUGUCUGGAGUGCCUCCUAGGACCUGCCUAAGAGAUGUACUUUGCACUAAUCUUUUUGCUGUAUUCUGACAGUUAUUUCUUCAUAAUCCUCAUCAUAAGCCUCUGAUCUUUGGUGAAUGAUUUAACCGUAAACUUCAGGCUGGAUAAAUCCUGUGGUAUAAAAAUUUCACUCAUCACAUUUAGCCAGUGUGUACUUUUUUUUUUUUCCUUUUUGAUUUACUCUGGUUUUCAGUUUUGUUUUGCUGUGUAUGGGGUGUGUGUGUGUGUGUGUGUGUGUGUGUGUGUGUGUGUGUGUUGGAGGGGCUAUAUUUAGGAUGCAUGAAUUUCCUUCAGAACUUUUUACUCCAUUGCUUUUCCUGUCUUAUUGGUCUGCAGAUGUGACUGUGGGUAGCUCAUCGAUUUUAGAUUUUCAGCAAUUACUUGUAUUUAUGAAUGCUUCAGUAUACACAUACCCAGUAAAAUUGCUCCUACUCGGUCAUUACAAACUGAGAAAACAUUAAGAGCAAACAUUUCUCAUGUAUACGAUGUAAAUUCUUAUUCCGUUAGUUGGAUUGACACUAAGUGUUUAAUAUGAUCCAAAGCUGGCCCAGCAGGCUUAAGAAACUAUUCUUGGUGAUAGUAUAUUAAUUUUUUGCUAAACGAUGCAAGUGGAUCCUUACCAAAUUUACCUUUAAAAUCAUUUUAAUAAGUCAAGAUUCUGGUAGAUGUGAAAUGCUUUUUAAUUAUCCAGCACUUCUGAAUAACUAGCUGCCAUGCUAAAUAACAAAGAUUUUAUUGGUCAUCACCCAUCACACACGCACAAACAAACACACACACAUGCACAUGCACUCGCGCGCGCGCACACACACACACACACACACACACACACCAGAUCUGUGCUUCAGUCCGUUUUGCCGGCCCCUUUCGGCCCCUUUCCAAGUGGGCCAAGUUGAAAGACCUGAUUAGCCAGAGAGAAUUUAAAUAUUGGCAUUUAGUAAGACCAGCUUUGCCUCACCUCAGGAUUCCUCACUCGGUGUCUAUAUUUCAAGUGAGUCCUGGCCUCAGCAUUUGAACAAUGUACCAUGGACUUUCUUGAGUUACUGCGGUAUUGACUGUACCAAACUUUGGCCCAUCUGCUCCUGUCUAUCUCUCCCUGUUCUUGAGAACCUGCCUUCUCUCCCCAGCUUCCUGAGACUUCAGCCAAACCACAUUUGCUGAAGUGUUUCUGGCUCAUAAACAGGUUACAUGAUUAUAGAGAAGGAGAAAGAUGGAGAAGGAGAAUAUUUAGGUCUAGAAAGACAAUAAAGCAACCUGACAUUGGACACCAGAACUGGGUUUAAACCCAGGCAAGCAAACCUUGCUUUAUUUGACAGCUGGUCAAAGGACCUCAAGUAAUUGCAUCCUCUACUUGCUAUCCCUGGAAUUUAGCUGUUCCUCACAUCCAACUUGUUGCUUUCAGCCUCCUAGAAGUAGGCAGAACUGACUUGAGUUUAGAACGAAUUUGUAUCUGAGCCAUCAAGAUGUCCAGAAAUAAUAGUGUCAUUUUUACUUUCACAGAGCGUCUGUACCUUAAAUGAAAUGCAUUCAUAUUCGAGCUAGAAACCCAGGUUAGAUCCUUUUACCAGUAAGGGGUUGAAACAUUUGGGGUUGUGACAAAGCUGUGAAUAUUUCACCACCAUAUAAUGGUGGAAUUGUUCAGUUCUACUGUCACACAUACAGUCCCUAAGGAAAAGGUUCAACCACCUGAGGGUCCGAGUUCCCAGGCUGUGAAUCACUGUGGAUACUUGGCUGUGUCACUUGGAACCAGCGGCCUCACAUUUUCAUAGUGAUUUGAAUCUAUCUUGAGUGUUCAAAACUCAGUUCACAAGCAAAAGAGUAGAUGAUAUCCAGAGAAAAGGUCAAACUUGAGGAUUUUUUCUUGUUUUCUUUAAAACCAUGUCUUUAAAAAAAAAAUCAAUGCAUUUUUCAAUUGAUUCUAAAACAUUUUUGUCAAUAAUGUGAACCGUUGGGCUAUUAAAAUCACUUCGUUUUGUGUAUCCUUUUGUUUCAGAACAUUAGCGGGUAGUUCCAAAAUGGCAGUCUUCCUCAGAGGGCUCAGUUUUGCCAAUGAAACAGUCCUUUCUGAUACCUUUUCUUAUCACUUUUUUGUUUC